UUCCAGUCUCUACAAGGGAAAGCCCCCGACAUUCCCACCUAGUGGAAUCUUCCGUAAAAGCCGAGAAAGAUAAAUGAGAAUGAGGGGAAAGUUCAACCCAUACCUCUUGUAUCCACCCCGCCUGAUCGGCCCUUGCCUAUAUGAUCCUUACACAGGAGAAAAGGGACCUCUUAUUCUCAUGGCUAUUUCUAGAUCAACAGAGUUCCCACGGCCCAGGUAUGUGGAAGGCAGCCAGGUAUCCCUUCUCGCCCCGGAUGCCAUUCUCGCCUUGCUCGCCCGUCACCCGCACAGCCGGAACGCCGGCGGGUUCUGCAGCAACGGCUGGCUCGGGAACUGCCGGCCUCCGCGUCCGCAGCGCCGCCGCCGCCAGCCAGGCUGGAGCCAAGUCUGACCCCAGCGUCUGCGCUCCUGCUGGCCACGGGAACCAGCUUAUCCAGGAACAAUGCAGACAGAGCGGAGCAGCCAGGGCCUGGGCAGCGGGUACAGGCCGACCCCGUUUGUGUACGACGUCAAGCGAAGCGUGUACAACGAGGAGAACUUCCAGCAGGAGCACAGGAGGAAGGCCCCCACUUCCAGAAACCUGGACAUCAACAUCACCACCUUCAAGCACCAUGUCCAGUGCCGCUGCUCAUGGCACAAAUUCCUGCGAUGCAUUCUUACAGUCUUCCCCUUCCUGGAGUGGAUGUGUUUGUAUCGAUUCAAGGACUGGCUUCUCGGAGACUUACUUGCUGGUUUAAGUGUCGGUCUUGUUCAAGUUCCCCAAGGCCUGACAUUGAGUUUGCUGACAAGGCAACUGGUUCCUCCCCUCAAUGUCACGUAUGCCACCUUCUGCUCUUCUGUCAUUUAUGUAAUAUUUGGAUCAUGUCAUCAAAUGUCCAUCGGCCCCUUCUUCCUUGUGAGCGCGCUGAUGACCAAUGUCCUGAAGGAGAGGCCAUUCAACAAUGGUCACCUGAUCAUGGGAACGUUUGUCAAGGACGACUUUUCUGUCCCCACCUUCUACGUAAACUAUAAUGGAUCCUUAAGCAUGGUGGCAACCACAACAUUCCUGACCGGAAUUAUCCAGCUGUCAAUGGGCAUGUUGGGCAUGGGCUUCAUGGCUACCUACCUGCCAGAGGCUGCAACCAGCGCUUACCUAGCAGCUGUGGCUCUCCACAUCAUACUGGCCCAGCUGACAUGCAUCUUUGGUAUUAUGAUCAGUUUUCACGCUGGUCCCAUCUCCUUCUUCUAUAACAUAGCUAACUACUGCAUAGCUCUCCCCAAAGCCAACUCUACCAGCAUCCUGCUGUUCCUCACUGCUGUUGUGGCCCUGAGAAUCAACAAGUGCAUCCGCAUUUCCUUCAACCGCUACCCGAUUGAGUUCCCCAUGGAGCUGUUCCUGAUUCUCGGCUUCACCUUACUUACAAACAACAUAAGCAUGGCUACAGAGAACAGCAAGAUGUUGAUUAACAUGAUUCCCUACAGCUUUGCGCUCCCUGAGACGCCACAGUUUGGCCUUCUUAACAGAAUUAUUUUACAAGCCAUGUCUUUAUCUUUAGUGAGCUCCUUUCUGCUCAUAUCUCUGGGCAAGAAGAUUGCCAGCUUCCAUAACUACAGAACCAAUUCCAACCAGGAUUUAAUAGCCAUCGGCCUUUGCAACGUGGUCAGUUCCUUUUUCAAAUCUUAUGUGUUUACGGGUGCUGUGGCCAGGACUAUAAUCCAAGACAAAUCUGGAGGAAGACAGCAGUUUGCAUCUCUGGUAGGCGCAGGUGUGAUGGUGCUGCUCAUGGUGAAGAUGGGAAGCUUCUUCCACAACCUGCCUAACGCUGUGCUGGCGGGGAUCAUCUUGAGCAAUGUGGUGCCCUACCUUGAAACCAUUUGCGACUUACCCACUCUGUGGAGGCAGAACCAGUAUGACUGUGCCGUGUGGAUGGUGACAUUUUCCUCUGCGAUCUUCCUGGGACUAGAUGCUGGACUACUCAUCUCCCUAGUCUUUGCUUUCUUCAUGAUCACUGUUCGUUCACACAGAACCAAGAUCCUCGUCCUGGGCCAGAUCCCCAACACCAACAUUUACAGAAACAUCAACGAGUACCGGGAGGUGAUGCUCAUUCCCGGGGUGAAGAUCUUGCAGUGCUGCAGCUCCAUCACCUUCGUCAAUGUGUAUCGUCUCAAGCACAAGUUGUUAAAAGAGGUCAACAUGGUGAAGAAGCCUCUUAAAGAAGAAGAAAUUUUCACUGUGUUUAAGCAAAGUGACACCAGUGUGUCGGAAAACAAAAUUUGCAGGUGUUUCUGCGAUUGUGACGAGCUGGAGCCAGAGACCAGGGUUGUAUACACAGAGCGAUAUGAAAUCAAACAGGAGCAGGACCAAUCCUCCACAAACAUGAUCCGCUGCUCCUACCUGGGCAGCAGGGACGUGAGUCCACGCGUUUCUGAGGAGCAGAUCCCCUACGCAGUGUCUUCCACAUCACAGAGAAAUCUAGCGCAGAACUACGAGGACACAGAGAAAGCCUGGCUGCCCAACCCCUCAAGAACCAGACCACUACCACCGCCCGAGAACUCAGAAGGCUUGUCGCAGAGUAAAUCUCUGGCCAUCCCUUCCUCAGAUGUGGGUGUGCAGAUGAACACCCACACCAUCAUCCUGGACUUUUCCAUGGUGCACUAUGUGGACACUCGGGCUUUGGUUGUAUUGAGGCAGAUGUGCAAUGCUUUCUACAACGCCAACAUUUUGGUGCUCAUUUCAGGGUGUCACACCUCUGUGGUCAAGUCAUUUGAGAAGAAUGAUUUCUUUGAUGAAGGCAUCACAAAGGCCCAACUUUUCCUCAGCCUCCACGAUGCUGUGCUGUUUGCCUUGUCAAGGAAGUUCCCAGAGUCCUCGGAGCUGAGCAUGGGUGAGACCGAGACGAUGCAAGAAACCUCAGAGUCAGACAAGGACAGCAGUCUGAGCAAUCUGAGACAUAAAAUGGGCAGCAGUGUCAUAGAAGGCCCUCAGCGUGCGAGUCCUAACUAUGCCAAGACCCAUAAGCCCAUUAAGGAUGACUCAGAGUUUGACCUGGAACUGGACCCCAUAAUGAAUUCUGACCAGAACAGCGGGAUGGACCUCAACCUGGACCUGGAUCUGGACCGGGAGUUGGAGCUGGACCCUGAGUCCGAAGUGGACUCUGAGAUCCACAGCAAACCGGAGCUUGAGUCAGAGGUUGAGAGAGAUGCCCAGGCAGAGACAGAAGAGGAGCUGGAGCCAGAUUCAGAGACAGAGAGGAGGCCCCAGCCUAGGACCAGACCAAGGUCUCACAGCCCCUGGCGGAACUACUUCACUGUUUAUCACUUUGAGCCUUUGAGCUCCCAGUCUGAGAUUCCACCUCGGACACGGACACGCUCAGCCGAGAGGAGGCCGCCACGUACUUAUCCACACUCGCCCCAAGGCAAUGAGGACAAUUGGUAGGUGAACUGCAAAGAGAUAGCAGGCCGGUUACCUUGGCAUCCUUCCUGCCCA